AUGAAGACUUUCAUCUGUGUUUUGACUUUUGCUUUAGCCGUUAAUGCCGGCCUUUUGCCACACCAUGUUGAUGAAUUGCCACAUUUCGCCGAUGGCCCACACCAUGACGAUCUUCAUCAUGCAGAAGUACAUCACUCAAAUGGUAUACAUCUCGGACAAACCUCAGCAAUUGUUAUUGAUGGUGGCGAACAUCAUAUUGAGCAACAUCCUGUCUAUCACCACGAUGAUCACCAUGGUGCAGUAGAAGUACAUCAUAACUCCAUUCAUGAUAUACACCAUGACGCCAUUCACGAUGUUCACCAUGAUGUACAUCAUGCAGCUGCCGCAAAAAUUGUACACCAUGAGCCGAUACAUCAUGUUGAGCCAGUACAUCAUGUCACUAAGGUAGUGCAUCAUGAACCACAUCAUUUCUUGCAUUAUACUAAUCCCGUUGUUGAUCAUCAUGUUGUACAUCAAAAUCACCACAUCGAUGAGCACCAUCAUGCUGCCGAUUUGCACCACAGUGAAUUGCACCAUCAUGCAUCACUUGUCCAUCAUCAUGUGCCCGCACAUAUCGUUGAUCAUCAUCAUGCGCAUGCUUUUGUACGCCAUGUGCCAGCACACCAUCUGCACCAUCAUGCCGCCAUUGUGGAGAAAGUUUAUCCCGAUCACUUGCAUGUGCAUGGCGCCAGCAAUCUGAUUGCCUUCGCCAAGCAAAAGUUGCACGGAAAAUUCGGCAAAGUCAGAAUCACAGAAACUCAUUACUAA